AUGGGGCGCGCUGCCGGGCUGUCGCAGCGUUCCUCAACUAGCGCUUGGAAAUCGCUCUUGACCCUAGAUGGAGCACCCACUGGAUACUCAUGGAAUUGGAAUACGUCCAAAGCUGGCUGUACACCCAAUGUGCGCUACUUCGUAGAGCCCAUUGGACGCGAUGCAGGAACUGAGCUAGAUCUGUUGAACCAGCAGGCGUCGUGCGAGCUGCUCUUUUGCACUUGGGCUUGCUCCUUUUUGGCAACCCUGUUCGACCACGAUCAUGCCGUUUACAUGACAGAGGCUGCACAUAAAGGCCAUUUGGAUACCAGCAUGAAGCUUGCUAUUGAGUUCCAUGACAAAGAAAAGGCCAUUAAAUCGUACUUCUUCCCGCGCAAAUUUGGCCAGGCUAGCCUCAUGCCGUUGGAACAGUGGAGAAUGUGGGCAGACAAGCUGAAUCUGGGGUGCAAAUCUGACUGCGGGGCUCCAGCAGCCGCCUUCACAACACCGGCGCGCACUGCCCUCGACCAGUUCCUCGCCACAAGCCCAUAUGGCCAGAAUCUUACGCCAAUAUCACUAGCUGUCGAAAAUAUUGCGCUAGAGAGUUCACGUCUAAACUUCGCGUCAGCGUGGCAUAUAAUGGCACUAGGAGGCGUUAUAGCUUCGCCCGAAGUUGAGGGGCUUCUAGAUCAACUAGCGUCUCUCAUGAAAACUAUCAAUAGGCUUGGAGACGAUUUUCCUGAAGAUGCCGAGGCGCCUGCAGAGUCAGAUCUAGAGACCGGUCUCGACUUUGGGGAGCCAAGCAAGGCGCCUAAGGGCUACCUGUACUACUUUGAAAUUGCUUCGGGCACGGCAGUGCCGAAGAUCAACCUAUUUGUUCCUAUCCGAUUGGAUGAGGGCAAGGGUCUGCAGACGUAUGUGAGCUGUCUGUUCAUGAAGGGUGAAUUGGAUAUCACAACGUACCUCGGAACCGAAGCAUUUUAUCCGGGGCGCUUUACAUCCACAGUCGGGCCUUGGUUAACCAAGUCGUCGACUCAGUGUUGUGGGGACUGGUACUCAUCGAUGUGGUGA